CAAAGGAGAGAGAAGAGAGGGAGGGCAGAGAGUGAAAUAGAGAGAAAAAACGAGGCUGUGAAGACAGGCGAAAACACAGACAGAGAGGAGAAAGAGGGGAGCGGAGAGGCACCUCCUCUGUCCCUCUAGGUCUACCCUCUGGCAACCGUCUGUCCCAGGCAAUUUCAAAGAACAUUCCAGAAAUACAGCCGUGGACCACAAUCAACAUUAAUGUUAGAAUGAAUAAAGAAGAAAUUACUCUGCAUUCCACACUGAUCUUGCACAUAUCUCCUCAGACUCUCAGAUAUCUGAGAGUCUAAGCUAAAAAAAAAAUCUAGGAUAUACUUUCUGAACAACAGAACUAAAUGCAGUACCACCAUUCAUUCAUUGAAGGAAAAUUCACAACAUUUAUAUGAAUUAAAUUCCUCUUCACCUGCUUCACCAUGACAAGGACUCAGGGAUGUCAAUGUCAUCCAUUAUAAAAAGGAGCGUGUGCUAGAGGAUUGAUUGUGGCUCACUCACCAAUGGGUUUAGCAAACAUUUAAUGUUUCAAUUAACUGUCAUAAAGAGACCCUCUCAACUCCUUGUUGGAACUUUGUCAUUCUGAAACAAAAACAAGGCCUCCUGUCUUAUUGGAUCAGUACGGUAGAAAGUGGCCAGAUUCACCCUUUCCACUCAAGCACCGUCCAAUUGGUGUGGGCGGUGAGGGCUGCGGCACGAUUGGUUGAGUGCAGGGUGGGUGUGCGAUGCAGAUUGGAGGAUGUCGGGGGACUGGGAAGACGACCUUUGUAAGAAGGCGUUGGUGCUGGUUGAGGAACUGUGCUUCCGGUCUGGAGGCUUCAGCCAGAGUGCAAGCUGCCAAGAGUUCAGCUACAUGAUGAGAGGACCUAACAGACAGAUGAACACAGAGAUCUCCGUAAGUCUGCUCUCUGUCAUUGUGACGUUCUGUGGCAUCGUGCUGCUCUCUGUCUCACUCUUCGUGUCCUGGAAGCUUUGCUGGUUGCCGUGGCGAGAUAAGGAAGGAGGAGGUCUAAGCUUGACAUCAGGGCUCCUGCCUGGUGGUGGGGGUUUGAGUGGGGUGGGGGGUGGCGGCUCGUCGCUCCUCCCUCCUCUCCUGCAGAGGAAGGACACUCACUCCUCUUCCUCUCUAUAUCCUUCACUCUCCCAGCAUGGACAGCACCACCCCCAUUUCUCUGACCUGAUGGGGGUGGAGGGCGGAGGGGGGCUGGUAGUUGGGGGUGUGGUUGGUGGUCCACAGGAGAUGCAGGAGCAAUCCUACCUAGACAUGGACUCUUAUCCCAACAAUGCUGCGAAUCUAAAGUUGAGCCAGACAUCUCCUGAGUUGCCCCUGUCAACUGAAGGAGGUGCAGCUGCAAAAGACCUGCCCAAUGCCCAAUCCCAGCAGCAGGUCACCACUAGGCCCAAGCCCAUGACUCACCAGCUCUCCAGCCCUGAUUUUCACGGUGAGGAGAAGAGUGAGCAGCUGACCAGAAUAGGGCAGAUCAAACCAGAGCUCUACCGGCUGCGCCAGGGAGACCAGGGGGAAGGCAAACAGGGCGAUACCUGUGGCAAAAUCAGCUUCCUCCUGCGCUACGCCUUCAACACGGAGCAGCUGGUGGUUAAGAUACUGAAAGCCCUGGAUCUCCCGGCAAAGGAUGCCAAUGGAUUCUCAGACCCCUAUGUCAAGAUCUACUUACUGCCUGAUCGGAAGAAGAAAUUUCAGACCAAGGUGCACAGAAAAACUCUCAACCCUAUCUUUAAUGAGACUUUCCAGUUUGGUGUGCCCCUUGCUGAACUGCACUCACGCAAGCUCCACUUCUCCAUCUAUGACUUUGACCGCUUCUCCAGACAUGACCUCAUAGGUCAAGUGGUGGUGGAUAACCUGCUAGACUUCAGCGAGGGAACUGGCGAAAAGCCUAUCUGGAGAGACAUUGUGGAAGGCACCGCGGAGAAAGCUGACCUGGGGGAGCUGAACUUCUCACUGUGUUACCUGCCAACAGCUGGUCGAUUGACUGUCACCAUUAUCAAGGCCACCAAUCUGAAAGCCAUGGACCUCACAGGCUUCUCAGACCCGUAUGUAAAGGCAUCUUUGGUUUGUGAAGGUCGAAGGCUGAAAAAGAGGAAGACCUCCAUAAAGAAGAAUACUCUCAAUCCGACAUAUAAUGAGGCUCUGGUCUUUGAUAUCCCCAACGAGAACAUUGAGAAUGUGUCACUUAUCAUCGCUGUCAUGGACUAUGACUGUAUUGGUCAUAAUGAGGUGAUCGGGAUGUGCCGUGUUGGCAGUGAUGCUGAUGGGCCGGGAAGGGAGCACUGGACAGCCAUGCUGGCGAAUCCCCGCAAACCUAUUGAACACUGGCACCAGCUGGUGGAGGAGAAAUCCAUAACCACAUAUGUAUCAAAGAGUGCCACAGCCUCCCCAAAGCCACACAUAGUGGUGGACAGCCCUCACUCUGAGUAGAGAUGUCAGCAUUCUCUUUUUAGCAACAGAAUACAUUUUUUCCUUUUCACCUGUGAAUAAUCCUUCAUCAAGAAAGAACCAGAGAAGAGAGACUGUGCUUGUGUUUGUGCUUUUCCUCUAAAUCAUCCCUGUAGACCCAACCAACACAAUAUAUAGAUAACACCUAUUAUACUUAACUUGGCACAUACACACACUUACAUGCACACACACAUACAAAUGCUCAUUCAAACACAUGGAACAAAAAACUCUGGCAUGGAUGGUAUUGCUUCAGGAAUUAUGUUAAGACAAAAUAUAUCAUGAUUUAUUCAGGGGAACUAUGAAAAACAUUCCCAGUUGAAAAAUAGAUGAUCUUUAUUUAGUUAUUUGAAACUGAGCCUAAACAAAACAUUUUAAUUACUAUAUAAAAAAAUCAGUGACCUGAUAAAUUAUGGACCACAAAUGUUUCUGUGUACGUGUGAGUGCAUGUGCGUAUGUGAAUUUGUAAGGGUGUCUGUGUGUAGCUAUAGAAAGAAAUUUAAAGUGUUUAGGACAAGUAGCUGCAAGUAUUUGGAGUGGUCCUCUCUGCCAAUGCAGAAACCUAGCAACUGUUUCCUAUUUCUCUGGAGAGGAGGACUACUUUAUCAGCGUUCCCAUCUGGAGAAAGAGACAUAAGGAUGGAUGCAUUGGCCAAAUCAUAUUGUGCAGAAUUGAAAUGUGUCCCUCUGUCUUUUUAAAAUUUGUAUCACCUUCUGAUUGGAGCUCAUUGAGAUCAGCAAUUAAUUUUCUUUCCAAACCAUCCUUGUUGGUCUACCAGAAAAGAAAGGAACAGUUCGACAAUAUGUUUUCCGGACAUUGACGUGCUGGCAGACUGUAACCCCUUGAGAACUUUCCCAAGGAGCUAACAUUGAUUUCAAAUAUUGCCAGAGGACCCUAACUGGGACGGAUUUGUGUGUACUUCCUGGAAACAUAUCCUACAGGGAAAUGAUUUGGCCAUAGUAUUUUAUUUUUAUACCAUGCCACGAUUUUUUUUGGGGGGGUUCUUUUAGACAUUAUUAAUUUCCAAAAGAUGUGUGCUCUGCUACAUCACUUUGCCCAGAGGACCACUUUGGAAAAACGCACGCAUCUGUUCUCUUUUCUUCCCGUGUACUUAAGUGUUUGUGGGAGUGUUCUUUUGUGUCGAUAUGCAUUUGCUCGUUGGUUUGUGUGUGUGCGUGUAUGCCUGUGUGUCGUUAUAUGUCACUGUGACCCUUUGUACGACCACAUGUUUGCAACUAACGUCUCGCUCUUUGCCCCCUCCUCUCUCCUGCACAGAAAAAAAUCUAAUUUUGAACAAUCAAAAUGUGUCUCCUGUCCUGUGUCUUAGAGGAACUAUUUCUUGUGUAGGACCGUUGCACUUGUUAGGGACAGGGUGUAAUUUCUCAGAUCCGCAUUUCGGUCAUUCUCCGUAGAAUGUGGUAGUAACCCGUCUCUGUUGUUACCCUAACCAGCUCGUCACUGAAAAGUUUCCCUAGCCUGAUCUAUGUUCUUGUGUUGGGUGUGCUCGUCUUUUUUGUAAAUGUGCUAUGUAUGUAAGAGGGGACAAACCUGGUGGCCAGAGCUUUCGAGGAAUAACGUAUUGGAAGUUUUUAAUUAACUUUAAAAGAAAAAGAAAAAAAGACUAACUGGUUCUCUUCAUCUCUUUUGGCUAAUGUGACUAUCUUUUCUCUCUGAAGCAUUCCUUGCAAACUGAGAUAUAGAGGGAGACAAGUCUUACAUGAUUUUAGUGCAUGAGAAUGAUUUUCAUUUUACCUUGUUUACAUCUUACAUCUUUUUUUGGUCACCCUUAACUUUAUCAAUUCAUGUACCCUUGAUAUCCAGGUCUGCACAAACACUGCAGCUAUUAAUAUUGCAGAACAGUCCACAGUACAGCCACUGCCAAAUGCUACUGCACACAUCCCUCAAUGCAGGAAUACUAAACACUCACGUUAUUGAAAUGUACAUCAGUAUAAUUAUUACCCACUGUAGCUCCCCUACUCAUAUUUUCUCUAUUUCUACUAUUAAUCAUACACCAGGCCAAGCUAUUGGGCUUGAAACACACACACACACACACACACACACACACACAUACACAGAGCAAGCUCAGUCCUUAGUCCGUUAUCAUAUAUCAGCUCUUGUUGUUUUUUAAGAGACCAUUGAUCCCUUCAUAGACGUAGAUGUGGUAUUGACCCACAGUCUUCGUUUCCACCCUGCUCUAGUCUGCAGCCCUGUUUCUCCUGCUGCCUUUGAUCUUACACUCUGGAGGCACCUUCCCUGUAGAGUGACCUCUGACCCCUUCAUCAGCUUCCAUACUUUAUUAUUCCAACACAAACACAUACACGCCACUCACUUUUAUGAUAUUCUGCUCUUUCCUUUAUCAGCCCAUAUUUCUCUCUAUGUUGGUCUCCCCUCUUACCUUUGUUCUCUAUGUCAGUGCAAUUCUGAAUGAUCUUGAGGAAAUGUGUUUGCAUGCUUGUAUAAACAUGGAUGAUGUCAACUUGAUGCAAUGAUAAUUUAAUAAGUGAUGCUCAACACAAAAUCUGAGGAUGAAGUUGAUACUAACACUACUAAUGAUGAACAUGCUGACCUAGCAACCUGUUCCAUAUCAUCACAACUCGGAUGAUUAAUAAUGUUGUUAAUAUUGUAUAUUCUCUUUGCAAUGGCAUUACAGUUUCUAGGUAUAUUUUUGUUUGUUUGUUCGUUUGUUUGCUUUUUUAAUUUUCUUUGAAAAUGUUUACUUUUUUUAUAUGUUCAGAUUAAGCAGAGACUUAGAGCAAGAUAUAAAUUAAAUGCAGUCAGGUUGAGAACAUUUCAGAAAAACAAAACAAAACUGAAAAAAAAAAAAAAAAAAAGAAAAAUCCCCAAAAAACUGUUAGGAGGAUGAAUAUGUGAAUGAUGAAGAUUAAGAAGAUGAUUUUAAGGCUGGAGCAAUGAUGGCUGAAAUAAAACAUGUAUGAAAAAUCA